AUGUCCUACUACAACGAUCGAACCGACGGCUCCUACGGCCGAGACUCGUACAACCAACCUUCCUCUUACGGGGGUCCACCUCAAGUGCCUCAUCCAUGGGUUGCCGAAUGGGACGACCGUGACGGCCGCUGGUUCUUCGUCAACCGCGAGACCGGAGAGCGGACCUUCCAACACCCGCAGCAAUCCUAUGGAGGAGGCGGUUACGACGAGCGCGGCUACGGGUCUGGUUAUGGAGGACAGGAGCAGGAGCCGGAGAAGAAAUCUCACACUGGUCGAAAUGUGGCGUUGGGCGCAGCUGCAGGACUUCUCGGUGGUGCCCUCUUGAUGCACGAAGGAGAGAAAGUUGAGGAGAAGUGGGACGACGCCAAGUAUGAUGUCGAGAAUGACGUGCGUGAUGGGGUGCAAGAUGUCGAGGACUUUCCAGAGAAUGCCGCCCGCUGGACUGGGGAAAAGGUUCAAGAAGUCGAGGAUAUCCCUCAAGAUAUUGACCGCAAGUGGGACAAUGCGGUGCAGGAUGUUGAGGAUGUGCCCGAAGAUGUUGCCGGCUGGGCCGGUCGAAAGGUCGGGGAUGUCGAGAGAUUUGGUGACAACAUGGACAACGCCUACGACCAAGGCCGUGAUGAUGCCCGAUACGACGACAACAAUUACUAG